ACAGGUAUAUCUAUAUACUGCAUUUCAUCUAAUAUCUUUUCCCCUUUGUUUCCAUAGUAACAACUCACACAUAUACGGAGCGGUAUAACGGACGCUCGGAUAAAUCAAGCGCAACGAUACAAAAAAUUAUUUUAUUUAUCAACGAUCUGAUGAAGGGAAAUUCUUCGGGAUUGCGUUUCCUGUCGCAUGACAAGCUGCAUUUCUUUAGAGAGAGAAAAACAACAGGUGAUGAUGUAUACUGUAGCAGAGCUGUUCAGAAUCUGGCCCCAGGGCCAAAAGUGGCCUGCAGACAGAUCUGCUCCAAGGCUGUAAAGCUCGGCCUGUUUCGUGUACAGAUGGACAACCACAAGUCGUUUUGAAUUGGAUUCAUUAGUGGAGUUGGAGCUUGUGCUUAAUGUAAUACAUGAUAUCAAUGGGUCAUGUGACCGACAGGGUCAUGUGACCCACUGAUAAAGUUUGAUUUAAACAGGGCUCUCAAGUUUUGACGACAGGCAAGCGUCGUUUUACCAGAAUUUUCCCACCAUUUUACCAGAAGUUUAAAAAUAAACAACAGCAUCCAAAUUCCACAAUGGUUGCAGUGUUUGUUGGUGAUCUUCACCCAGAAGUAUCGGAUCUGAUGCUUCUAAAUAAAUUUAAUAAUGCAGGACCGAUUCAAUCGGUCCACGUCUGCAGGGACAAGAAGACCGGCUCGCCGCUCGGCUACGCCUACGUCAACUUUUACCAUCGAGCCGACGCUGAGCGAGCUAUAAAGAUGUUCAACUUUGAACUUCUUAUGGAGAGACCCAUGAGGGUCAUGUGGUCCUGCUGGGAACCCACCGCGAGGAUUACCGAAGGGUGUAACAUCGUCAUUAAGAACCCUGAUCCGUCCAUCAAUAGAACACUCCUGAAAGGCCGCCAAGUCACCGUCGAGUACUUUAAGUCUCGGGAGGAGCGCAAAAACCAGGACAACAACUUGUACAUCAAGAACCUGGAUGACAACAUUGACAAUGAUUGCCUGUACAGGACAUUUGCACAAUUUGGAACCAUCAAAAGUGCAAAGGUGAUGAUGGAGAAUGGGCGUUCAAAGGGAUUCGGCUUCGUCUGUUUUACAUCAUCCCAGGAUGCCAUGAAAGCCAUGAACGAGAUGAACGGAAUGAUGUGGAGCAAGAAGAAGAUCUACUGGCUCAAAAGAAAGAGGAGCGCCAGGCUCUCCUACAGAGAAUGUUCAGGAAGGAGUUCAGCAGUCCUGCUGUCAAGACUCCUUGCUCUGAAGACUUUGUCCAAACUGUCGAGACAGCUGCCCCAAAAUGCGUCGUGGAGGCUUUGGAGACAGAUGCCCCAGUGGAGAGUGUAGAAGGUGUGGAGACAUAUGCCCUAGUGGACACUGUAGAAGGUGUGGAGACAGCUGCCCCAGUGGAGAGAGUAGAAGGUGUGGAGACAGCUGCCCCAGUGGACACUGUAGAAGGUGUGGUGACAUCCACCCCAGUGGACACUGCGGAAAAAGCUCCAGCUACACUUGAGGAAACCCAGAAAAUGAAGCAUAGAGACAGCAAAAAGGAGAAAGGGGAGAAUAAGAAGAAGAUGAAAUGUCACAGAC